AUGUCGAAGGAAUUCAACGUUCCGCCUGUGGUUUUCCCCUCCGGUGGAAACCCCAACACCGGCCCACAACAACGUCGUCUCCCAACAGCACCGUUUCAGCCUGCGAGAUCUGCAAACGCCGGUAUCCCUUUCAUGUCAUUCGACAUCGGAUCGUCUCCGGCAUCCACAUCCUUCUCUACUCCCCAAUUCGGCAGCACCAUCAGCGGCGGCAGUACGAAUUUUGACGACGAGCCACCUCUCCUGGAAGAGCUAGGUAUAAACACGAAACAAAUUUGGAACAAAACCGUAUCAAUUUUGAAUCCGUUUAGAGUCAAAGCCGAUCUUCACGAAGACGCAGAUCUAUCCGGUCCUAUUUUGUUCAUCAUGGCAUUCGGAUUGUUUCAAUUGCUCGCCGGGAAGUUACAUUUCGGGAUUAUUUUCGGGUGGACAACCGUCGCGUCUCUGUUUUUGUACGUCGUGUUCAAUAUGCUCGCCGGACGAAACGGGAAUCUCGAUUUGUACCGGUGCUUAAGUUUGAUCGGUUACUGUAUGCUUCCGAUCGUGAUACUAUCUGCACUUUCUCUGUUUGUUCCCCAAGGUGGGGUGUUGAUCUUCGUGAUGACGGGGGUUUUCGUGAUGUGGGCGACGAGGGUUUGCACCGGUUUGUUGGUGGAGCUGGCUUCUUGUGGAGACGAACACCGUGGUCUCAUUGCGUACGCUUGCUUCUUGAUCUAUAUGCUUUUUUCCUUGCUAGUUGUAUUUUGA